AUGCAACCAAAUUUAAAAGAAAUCCCGAUGGAAAAUGUACCCAUAGAGGUACCUUCAUACACAUGGGACAGCCCAGAGUCUUUGAAUUGGGAUGAUACCCGAUUAACUUGGAGUGAUGAUGAUCCGAACCUGCCAGCUUUUAACUGGGACGCCCUUAAUACUCCUCAAAUCAAUUCUGUCACUGGCUUGUCUGAUCCCUUCAUAGACUCCAUUUCCUGGCAUUCUGUUAAGCAAGAUGAUGGGAAAAUUUCUACUAGCGAUGCAGCACUACAGUUAGCAUCGACCAACUUGUUGGGGCAGCUCCAUGGACUCAGUCACAAUCUCAAUGCCACUCAGCCGCCAGACAAUCAUGAGAGGCCUGACGAAGGCCACCCCAAAAUGACACUCGAAGAGAAUGCACCGGAAAUUGUCAUCAUGCGACUUUCGCAACUAAGUAUGCGCCUGUCUCGUUUACAAUACGAUCGAACCCCCUAUUCGAGUUCCAGACCAUCAUUCCAAAAAUUCAGCGAAACACUACAUCACAUCUCUUCUGCUUCGGACGAACUACUCAAUAUUAUAAAUUAUUUCAAAAUCAACGUUACCCCACAUACACCUAAAUUUGCCUCCUCCGUUUCUACACCAUCUUCAAUGGACCUCUAUGAAGGAAAUUCAUAUUUCGGGCCACAACAAAGGUCAUACAGCCCCACUAGCCAAUCGAACUAUGAUCCUCCCAGAAGGGUUAUCUGCCAUCUCGUCAUCGUCUGCCAUACAUUACUCUUCAACAUUUACGAAGCAGUGCUCAACAGACUGGAAUCCCAAGCAUCCAACAUGACGACGCCAAACGAUAUCCAACUCGUUUCAACCGCGCAAUUAUGCUCAAACAUGAUUGAGAACCAACACAAUGCCGUGGAUUCGUUUCUAUCGAGCCAUACUUCAUCACAAGAGUUCGAUAUUCCCGGUUCACCACCUUUAGCUGUACUUAUGUUAGUUACGGCGUUUAGAGAGGUGAUGAAGGAACAGAGAAUAAAGGUACAACAACGAAUCAUCCAGUUGCAGAAGACGCUGUGCGUAUGA